AUGGCGCCAACACCAUCCAACAACAUAGCCUACACCGCCCCCAUCAACCCGCCCUCUGCCUCCCAUGUCCUCACCUACCCUCAAAUCUGGCAAGGCCUCCAAUUAAAAAUCCGCGCUGGCCAAGACUUCGUCGGCGGCGCCAUCAUCUCCACGGACGUGAUCUCGACCUCUGAAACCGAGCACGGCCACCCCAUCACCGUCCGCGAAGUCAUCUUCCGCGACGGCAAUCGACGCGUGCGGGAGAAAUGCAUCGCAUACGAGCCCAUGAAGGUCGAAUUCCACCAGGACGACGGGAGCAAAGUGCAAAACGUCAUCAGUCAGGGUGCCGGGGGUGACACGGAUUUGUACAUGACAUAUACGUUUGAGUGGUUACAUCCGGAGUGCAAAACGGCUGAAGAAUUGGAAGAGAAACGACAAAAGGAGUGGAAAAUCGCAAAAAUGGCCGUGGAAAAGACUAUUGAGGUUAUGAGGGAGAUGGUUGCUGAUGGGAGGAUAAAAUAG